UUCAGAACUCCCGAGAAGGAGCUAAAUCUCUACCUCCAGAUUACAAAACAAUUGAGGCUCAAGACCUUCCAUCGUACCAGGAGGCGCUCAACUUGGAUCCUCGGGGUCUUGCAGGUAUUCAGUUGCAACUUAACAGAAACUCCAACUCCUUAAAUUCAAUUCGACCUUUUCCAGUUUACAACUCCCCCCCACCUCCAUUCUUACCCCUCCAUUCUACCAACCCCCCCUCACCUCCAUUCUCACCCCUCCAUUCUACCAACUCCCCCCCACCUCCCUUCUUAACCCUCCAUUCUACCAACCCCACCUCACCUACAUUCUCUCCCCUCCACUCUACCAGCUCUCCAAAACUCUCACAAAUCAGAUCGAUACACAGUUCUCAGAGCAGGCCCCCUCAAGGUGAAACAGAAAGUGGCGAAAGCAUAAACAAUUUAGAAGGAAGAUUAUCGUCAAGUAAGGAAGAAUUUUCUCUGUCAACCCUUGUGAGAACCCAUCAAUCCUCCCCGGGGGUUGGAAGAAAAGACGACAUUGAAAGUGGUGAAUGUAAUGAACAGAAUCCACCUCCACAGCUACCAGGGAUGGCGGAUACAUCAAGUAAUAUAUUUACAAUAUCAAAUUAUGUUUCUCCUUGUUCCAGUCAAACAGAUGAGUCAAGUUUAAACAAUUUUUGUGAAAUCAUCCAACUCAAUAAUCCACUCUCUCCUGACAAUGAAAGCUGUUCUACAUCACAAAUUAGGCUAAAACGACCACAUUCUUCCUUGGGUAUCCUUCCAUUAAAGUCUGUUUUUCAGUCGUCCAAAUCUUAUAUACAUCCGUCCAAAUCGGAUAAAAAUUCGUCCAAAUCUGAUAUCCAUCCGUCCGUUCCAGUAACCGCUCCGUCCACUUCUAAUAUCCGAAAAUCUGCCCGUGUCAGUGAUAAAACAGACUCGUUCCUUGAUGUAGUGGAAGAUGUGGAAGAUCCCAGGAUUAUUCUAGAUUAUCCUCCAUCGACUACCCUUCCUACAUCACUAGAUCUAGCCUCAUUCUCAUUUUCUGUACACAAUGAGAACAAGUUCUCUAGUAAUGUUAUAAAGAAGGCUCUAAAUAGGAAAGAGAAGAAGCAUCUUUACACAGUCUCUAAUAGCGCAAGAAACUCAAAAGUUGUUCCUCAAAACGAAAAUCCGCCAACUAGAACAGAGAAAAAUGAGGCAACCUACUUGGAAUCUGAAAAUGUGCCAAGAAACAGUCUGGAGGAUCCAAAGAAGGCUGUUGAGGAUCAUAGUGAAUCUGAUCCUGAGGAUUUGGAGUAUGUAGAAUGUUUAUAAUCUAUAUAAUAAAACAAGACAUUCGUAUAUAUGAUCCCUUUAGCCGGUUAUACUGCUGGACCGAAUGGGCUGAAAUUUUUUAAGGAUAUCCCAGGAGUGGUAACCUAGACUAAAAAGAAAUUAAAAUUUUAAAAAAAUAAAUCUUUUUGUAAUUACACGGGCAACGCUGGGCACUUCAGCUAGUUAGUAGUGAUAAAACUCUGAUGCUCUUAAAACAUCUAUUAUAAUUAAAAUAUAUGUGAUCACUUUCA